GAGUAUGAGCGCGGACAAGGGCGGCGGCAAGCCUUGGGACGGCGCCAUGAACGCUGUGUCCAAGCAGCUGGACGAGGCGUCCAAGAGCGUGCGUGACGCGGCCUCGGGACCCGUGGACCAGGCCAAGGAGCUCACGAGCUCGGCGCGCCACGCGCUGCACGAGUCGGCGCAGCAGGCGUGGGAGGUCACGCGGACGUUCGUGGCGCCCGUGGUGGACGUCUUCAAGCGCGCGGAGGGCGACGAGGGCACGGAGCUGCGCAAGCAGCUGGGCGUGGCGCGCGAGAGCCUCAACGCGCAGCUCUACGCGGCGCAGCUGCAGCUGCAGGAGACCAAGAAGAUCGCGGACGGCCAGCUGGUGCCUGUCAAGGGCGCGCUGGUCGUCGCUCAGCAGCAGCUGGUGAAGGCGAACGAGUUCCGCCGCGAGCACCCGGAGGUGGCGGCGGCCGGUCUGGCGGUCGUCGUGGGCGUGCCGUCGCUGCUGAUCCGUGGCAAGUGGUCGGCGGUGCGGAACUCGGUGCUGGCGGUGGGCGCUGGCGCGGCGGCGUGCUACGGCUCGGACAAGUGGGCGGAGAAGAAGCGGAAGUAGAGAGCUGGCUGGUAGUUAAGGGGCGGCGGCGGGAGUGGUUUGCAUCGCAUCAUAUCACAGUGCACCACGACGGUGUCGGGC